UCGCAGUUUUUCACGUCGAAAAUGUUCGAACGAUACUUGUCUGCACUGCAAUAUACCGGCACCCAGCCCGUCAACAUUGAUGAUUGUAAAGAGUUUCGCUCGCUGGUCUCAUGGCUGGAGGACCAGAAAAUUCGUCAUUAUUCCAUUGAGGAUCGCGAAAAUCUGAAGCAGUUAGAUUCCGUAGACGUUUGGGACGCAGCCUACGAUAAGUACAAGGUCGAUGUAGGCCUGCCAUACGAGCUGGUGACGAAACAGGAGCAACUAACUUGGUUGCUUCUGCACGCCGUCCGGCUGGAGUACUCGGAUCAUGUAGACACCUACCGACCGCUGAGCGGAGCCAGGAAGGUGGAAGAGCAAAAGAAAUCCAUCGUGCCAGAAGUAAAAUCGACGAAUCCAUUCGAUAGUCUCGACUUCACAAACGUACAGUUUGAGGAAGGCGCCCGGAAACUGGCCGAUCGUCUCGGAAUCGCGUACCACCCGGACCACUUGGUUUCGCUGCGAGCAGCGGGACGUGUGAUUCACGAUUGCUUGAACAAGGAAACGUUGAAGGAACCACUCAUUACCGGCCAGCCGUUUGGGAUUAGUUCUGACGGCGCCGCCGCAGGAAAGACGCUGAACGGUGGCGGCGAGAAGGAUGAACAGGAGCUGGAAAAGGCAGCACAAAUUCUACGGUUGCUACAGAUACAGAAUAUGCGCUCAAUUCAGACGAAUAUAAAUGAAACAAUUGUGUCUGUGCAAAAUGUUACCGCCGACCCGAAGACCGACACGGCGUUGGGAAAGGUGGGCGUAUAAGAAGCAAUUUUGUGAUACGUACAAAUGCGUACAUACU